GGGUCGCUUUGGCGGUGGGAAAGAAGAGACGCCGUAAUUUCAGACGGGGACGGUCGUCUGCGCGCGGAGCUGCAGGCGCGGUGCGCUCAGGUGAGCUCAGGGCUGCCCGCCCGACGCAGAAAGGCGAGGGUGCAGCGCCUGCCGUGCGCGCAGAGCGGGCGGCUGAGGUCCGCUCCGCCGGGGCUGGCUGACUGGCGCGAUACCCGGGAGCGCGCGCCCUCGACCCCAGCGGGGCUGCCUUGCGAGUCGACGCGAGCUCCGGCUGGCCCAGUAACUCUCCCGUCGGGCGCAGGACUCGCCAUGGAACUGGACCCGCUACCGUCGCAGCCCUACUUCUACGACCACCACGAGGCGCAAGGCGAGGAGUUCCACCGCUCCAGCGCGCCCAGCGAGGACAUCUGGAAGAAGUUCGAGCUGCUGCCCAGCCCACCCGCCUCGCCUCUGCCGCCGGGCCCCGCCGAGGACGCGGGCGCCGACUACCUGCUGGAGUCCGGCGGGCUGCUGGACAACCUGAGCGCCUUCGUCCUCCGCGACUGCAUGUGGAGCGGCUUCUCGGCCCGCGAGCGCCUGGAGAAAGCCAUGGGCGAGAAGCUGGCCGCCAAGCCGCUGCCGGCGCCGCCGCCGCCUCAAGCGCCGCACGACUCCGGGCUGGGGGGCGAGUGCGUGGCACCGGGCGCCGUCUUCGCCUGGCCCGCCGCGGUGACCGACGGCAAGUUCCCGGCCUCCUCGGGCUCGGAGAGUCAAAGCGACUCGGAAGGGGAAGAAAUUGAUGUGGUGACAGUUGAGAAGAGGCAGUCACUAGGGGUGAGGAAGCCAGUCACCAUCACUGUGCGAGCCGACCCCUUGGACCCAUGCAUGAAACGUUUCCACAUCUCCAUCCACCAGCAGCAGCACAACUAUGCGGCCCGCUCACCCCCUGAGGCUUGCUCCCAUGAGGCUGUCCUGGAAGAAAGCACCCAAGAGGAAGAGGAGGACAAUGACCCUCAUGGUUGCCACAGUGCACAGUCCCUAGGACAAGUGGCAGAAGCUUCCUCUCUUGAACCUUUCCUCCUGAAAUCCGGGAGCGCUCCCAGCUCGGACAGUGAGGAUGUGACCAAGCGGAAAAAUCACAAUGACUUGGAACGCAAGCGGCGCAACGACCUUCGCUCACGUUUCCUGGCGCUGAGGGACCAGGUGCCUGGUCUUGCAACCUGCCCCAAAACCCCCAAAGUGGUGGUCUUGAGCAAAGCUUCAGAGUAUCUCCAGUCGCUAAUCAGCACUGAACAGCAGAUGGUUGCUGAGAAGAAGCUGCUAAAAUUGCAUCAGCUUCAGCUGUUGAAACGGAUUUCGUACCUCAAGGGUGCACAUUAGCUGCCAGGAACUCCAUACUGCUGUCUAGGCUGAUCUGCACUUUUUUAUUUUUAUGAACUUCAGUUCCCAGAAUUCCAGACACUGUUUCCCCCGGUCCACUCUUAUACAGCUGUGGUUGCUGGAGAAUCUCCUCUGUUUUUACAGGAGUGAUGGUGAUCAGGGCAUGUGUGUGUGUCUCUAACUACUCAGAUUUCAGCUCCUACAGCGAAAUGGUAGUUUCUACAUGAGCUGAGUGGGCCUCUGUUCAGGCUGGGAUCAGCACAAACUUGAGUGCCUCUCUAGAAGAGCGUAUUGUGGAAUGUACUUCACAACAGUUUCUGAAGGAGGGCCCUAAGUCAAGGAUGGGCAAGGAUGGACCUUGUGGUCAUUUGUCCUGAGGGGCUUCCCUUUUUUACCCCAAGGUUGGAUUGUAAACGCUGGCCAUAGAUAUCUCUACAUGGCACCUUUCCUCUCCAGGCUGUGUUUCUUGCUGUUGGACAAAUCUCUUGUGCAAUUUGCUCCUUUUUAUAGUGCGUCAACUAACUCUACCCAAUAUUCUGUUGUCUUCCCCCUAGCACACUCCCUGCCCUGUGUUCCAUGUUGUUCAGGAUCUAGAGCUCUUUUCCCCCAUGGACUUUAUUAGAGGUGAAUUUUUAAAUGCUCCCUCCAGUAACCUUCAAAGGCUUCGGUGUUGGCUGAGGCUGAUGAGAGCUGUAGUCCAAAACAUCUGGAGGGCACCUGGUUGGAAAAGGCUGCUUUGUGCUGAGAGUUACUUCACAGUUGACGUUUGGAGGCAGCCUGGAUUUAGCUUGAGAUCUGCAGCAAGACACGUCCUCAGGCUGAGAUCAGAGCCUUUAAUGCCCGAGAUGGGGGGGGGGGAAUUAACGGCAGCCUAAGUAAAACUUGGCAUAAUACAUUUGGAAGUAGAUUCAUUUCAAUGGGAUUAAUUCAGAAGACCUUCAAGUAGAUUGUGCCCAAGUGUGAGACCUGAUGUGAGUCUUCCUCCAUCACCCUUAAAGAGUGGCCAGUAUCUGCUCUCAAGGGUACUUGCCCAGCCUGAGAUGAGGGUGAGUAGGACUUUCUCACAAGGGCUAUUAGAGGCUUUUUGUCUGUGUUUAAGACAAAUGGCAUCCCCAAGCUCUUUCACUGGAAAUGCACUGAGAUCACCUUAGAUUUCAUUUACCUCAUUCCGAUUUUUCCACUUUGGCAAUGUGGCUGCUUAACUUUGAUUUUGUAUAUCCUAGAAUCCAUUGUCGUGACUGCCUGAUUCUUUAUACUGGAUGGCUUUAAAAAAAAUACUGUAUUUUUGUACUCCUUUUUUUAGAAGUUAUUUGGUACAAUAUUCUCUGUCUUCUCCCAAUGUUUAAAAAGAUAAACACCUCCUCCUUUAACAGGGUUAGGGGGCUCCCUGUACUGCUUGUAGAUGGGAUGGUUCAAACUUGAGAUUCUAUGGGGAAAAAAUAUCUCUGGUUUUUGCUGGCUGGGAUGACCAGUUUGAGUGGGGUCUGGUCCUGACUUCCAAACUCCAAAGGUGAGAAUAUCAGAAGUCUUAAAGGUGUUUUAACUGCCUGAGGGAGACUCUUACCUUAAGUGGGAACCAUGUAAUUUCAACUGUCCCCAAUAGAUAAGGUUUCUACUGAAGAUACACUGCUGAUUCUUCUACUAUGGGAAACCUUCCCUUGACAAGCACACACUCCCUUUCUCUGGAAACAAAAGGGCUGUGUGGAUGUAUUUUGGGGGAACUGUGCAGUGCACCAUUAAUGCAUGUUUACUCACAGCUGAGUUCUACUGUGUCCAGUGGGGCUUACUCCCAGGAAACGCCCCCAUGCAUAAAUAGGAGUGUUGGGGGUAUGCUCUGGUUAGCCAGUUCCUUGAGAGCUUUUGUUGAGCUGGCUGGUGUUAUCCCUCCGUCCCUCCCCUCUUUUAUGCAGAUUCUUCCCACCCAUCCUCCUUUGUCUCUUGUGUAGGGCGAGGGCAGAGCUGGAGGUGAUGGAUGACCCUUUAUCGUUGCUUGCACAGAGUUGGCGGGUGCAGACUGAUCUCCCACAAUGCAUCAGGGGCUCCCUCAGGCGUUCCUUGACUGGCCCACUAGAGCUUCGAUGCUGGGUGGUCAGGCUUAGCACUUUCUUUGUUACCUCACAAUUCUUAAAUAAAUGAAUUGCAAAAA